CCUCGGCUUCACGACUUUUACGAGGGCACCCUCGAUGGGCUGUGCUCGCGCGAUCCGUCCCUUCGUCGCAACUUCAAGGACAAUGCAUUUGCAUGUGCGACGUGGAAUCUGGGGCCGCAGGCCAUCUCACACGUACAUACCGACCACCUAAAUCUCGCCUGGGGUAUGUGUGCCAUCACUGCUUUGGGCGAGUUCAACCCGAAACGGGGCGGGCACUUGAUCCUUUGGGACCUCCGUCUCAUCAUUGAGUUCCCCCCCGGUACCACGAUCCUCAUACCAUCGGCCAUCCUGCGCCAUUCCAACGCCCCACUCGCAAGCCCCGAAGAGACCCGCCACGCAUUCAUCCAAUAUUCUGCAGGGGGGCUCUUUCGCUGGUCUGAGUGCGGCCAUCAGACCCAGAAAGCCUUCCACAGCGGUGGCGGCGUCUACUCACAGACGGGUCGCCAACGAUGGGUUCGUGGCGUCGGCAUGCUGGGCCGCUGGGAUGAGCUGAGGUCCUCCAGAGUAGUUACUACCCAAUAG